AUAAAAUCCGACACAGAAAGACAACCCGCAGGGGUGAAAUGGAAACACUGGAGCCCAAUAACCUCUGGUACCUGUUCACAGGACUGGAGAAAGGAAGUCAGUAUAGUUUCCAAGUGUCAGCCAUGACAGUUAAUGGCACUGGACCACCUUCCAACUGGUAUACAGCCGAGACUCCUGAGAAUGAUCUGGAUGAGUCUCAAGUCCCUGACCAGCCAAGCUCUCUUCACGUGAGGCCCCAGACCAAUUGCAUCAUCAUGAGUUGGACUCCUCCCUUGAACCCAAACAUUGUGGUGCGAGGUUACAUAAUUGGUUAUGGUGUUGGGAGCCCUUAUGCCGAGACAGUGCGUGUGGAUAGUAAACAGCGAUAUUAUUCUAUUGAGAGGUUGG